AUGAAUGAGUGGAAAUCUCCUAUGUUGCGUAAUGAAUGGAGUUUUCAGACAGUCCCUUACAUCUGCGAAAACUAACGUCUAACGCCAAACUAAGUUUACCUCGCUAUACAACAGCCCCAGAUCUCAGGAGACCUGUGCCACGUGAUGGGUUUGCUAGAUCAAACAGCUUCGUCUUUGAAAAUAUCCUACUUCUGGACAGACGCAUUGUGUCGCCCAUUUACUAUUUCUCCCCUUCAAUUUUUCUUUUAUGCACAGAUCUCUUAAACAUUAUGUUGUAUACUGUCGUUGUGCUUCUUAUUCUCUCGUCUACUCUUGAUUUGUCGAAGCAGGAUGUGAUUGAUAAUAUACUUAUGAGUUUAUCUAAGGGAAUUACAUACUUUGAUGAGCAGGGCAGACACAUCAACCUGGACGGUGUUGUUGGAUACACAAUACUUCAAGCGCAGCUGCGGGAAGCGACACGAACUUGGCCGCACUCAGAUUUUUUGAGUCUCUCUCAGCGCUCAGCUGCAGUUUCUAUGUUGAAGCGACUAAACAGAAGCCUGUCCACUGCUCUCUACGCUCUUCAGGGUACAGAUCCCAAAUACUUUAAAGAGUUUGAGCCCAUACUGGACAGCUCCUUUUGGUCACUGCCUGCAGAAUGGAGCUCCACAGACCCCUCAUUGGCUUAUACCUCAGUGAGGACUAUGGAGUGCUAUGAUGAGUAUCUGAGUGACAAGUGCAUGACUCUCCUUCUUGGGACAUGGAAAGACAAUGGAACCCCAUGUAUCAUCACUCAGUCCUGUAGAGACACAAUGACGCAGUUUGGAUGUCCACACUAUUCCCUGUCCCACCAGCUACUCUACUUCAUGAUAGGAAAAAUGAAAGGGUGCUCCAGAAUGCUCAAAGGGGACAUGAGGUUGUCUCGUGUCAACAUUACUGUGGAACAUUACCAGAGAAUCUUCUGCUCCAACAUGAUGAAGAGCAACCAGGAUAUUUUCAGGAAUGGUCUUCCUGGUCAAAUGCAAGACAUCUUUAUAGAAAACAUUCUUCUAUGUGGUUUAGUGGGAUUCUCAGACUUCUAUAAAUUGGACUGGUUACAGUCUAUUGUAAUAUGGCAAGACCAAGAAGUAGGUUGCUUUGGCAAAGAAGAGGACAUCUCCCAGGUCUUUGAGGAAUUUUUGGAUGUACCCCACAAACGGGUGAAAAGAAGGGAAAAAACACUUAAAGAUGGCUGCUCAAGUCAUAUGACAGGAGUUGCAGUGAGUGCAUUAGGAGGUUUUCUUAACUAUUACCUUUCAGAGCAGGACAUAACGAAGAGGCCCUUAAUCUAAAGCCCAUGCUCAGUGGUACAUUAGGUCUCAACUUCAAUCUUGUAUUUAUUCUUUCAUAUAUUAUGUAUUCGGACUGGCGACCUGUCCAGGGUGUCCCCUGCCUUUCGCCCAAUGUUAGCUGGGAUAGGCUCCAGCCCCCCGCGACCCUGUACACAGGAUAAGCGGUUGACGAUGGAUGGAUGGAUGGAUGGAUAUUACGUAUUCUUUGUAAAGGAGUGGUAUGUUCACUCAUGCCGUUUUGGUGCAUUAACCAUUAAAUGGCAAGUAGACUGUGAGAAGGGCAAGUAGUCAGGAAGACACAUUACAGGAAAAUACCUUUGAAUAUAUUCAAGAAAUAAAGAAAACUUAUU